AAACCAAAGCCUCUACACUUUCUCAUAAUAGUCCCCUACUACCUACUCUUUCUCUUUCUUGAUUCACACUACAAAAGCUUCUAGUUCCCAUCACUAAUAACCCCAAGAAAUGCAGUUUUCAAGAAACUCAAUUCUUAGGCAACUAAGCAGAAAAGAAGGUUGGAGGUCGGCUUCUAGAAGGUGGACAUCGGGAGAUAGCUCAACGGCUUUCACGGACGAAACAGGCGGUGGUGGUGGUGGUUACUCUUCAAUGGAGGGUCUUUAUGGGAUUUACUCCGGCGGUGAUACGGUGGCGAGAAGUAAGAGAGUGAUGGUUGUUGUGGAUGAGACUUCGAGGUCGAAACAUGCUAUGAUGUGGGCUUUGACACAUUUGACUAGUACAGGAGAUUUGAUGACUCUUCUUCAUGUUGUGUCUCCUCAUGAUGAAGCUUCUCCUUCGUUGGUUCAAUCACUUGGUUCACUUUGCAAAGCUUGUAAACCCGAGGUGGAUGUGGAGGCACUGGUGAUUCAAGGACCAAAGUUAGCAACUGUACUCAGCCAAGUGAAGAAACUUGAAGUCUCUGUUCUUGUAUUGGGUCAGAAAAAAUCUGCACCAUUCAUCUCCUGCUUAUGUGGACCCAGUAGAUCCGAAGAGCUCGUGAAUCGGUGCAUCAACGGUGCAGAUUGCUUGACAAUUGGUGUGAGGAAACAAAGCAAUGGUGUUAGUGGCUACUUGAUUAACACACGAUGGCAGAAGAAUUUCUGGCUUUUAGCCUAGUCAAAAUUCUAAUCUAGCAGCCGUAGACUUGAUCUUUAAAUCUGUGUUUAACUUUUAGUCUAAUAAACUAUGUAUCUCUUUCCUUGUCCCAUGUUUAACAUAACUUUGUCUUGCAUGUCUUGUAAGAAAUUAAAGCUAAAUAUUUGUGUCUCAAUCGAUCGAUU